UGAGCGCACUUAAUUUUAGUUACGACUUCUGCAUUUAAGUUUGAGGUCUUUUUGUCUCUCUUUUUUUUUUCUCACAAACUGCAUUUUAUUAUUAGGCAAAAUCAUGACGAUUAAACUCAUUUGAAGCUUAAGCAGCAUGAGAGUAAAAUAUAGACUUUUUAAUUUUCCGUUUUCAAGGAAACGUGAUUGAACUGCGCUCGAGGCACUUUGCACAUGCAUCUGUGACAUUUGAAGUGGAGUUUUGUUCCUGUAAGACACAGUCUGUGUUGAAGAUGGAAGCUAAGAUGCACAUGAAAGAGUGGCUGAUAGCUCAGAUAGAGAGUGGGAAAUAUGAAGGACUGAGCUGGGAAGAUGAGGACAAAACCAUGUUCAGGAUUCCGUGGAAACACGCAGCCAAGAAGGACUACAAACAGACGGAAGACGCAGCUCUCUUUAAGGCCUGGGCUGUAUACAAGGGUAAGUACAGGGAGGGGAGGGAUAAAGCUGACCCCACCAUGUGGAAGACCCGUCUCCGCUGUGCACUCAACAAGAGCACAGAUUUCCAGGAGGUCCCUGAACGCAACCAACUAGACAUCACUGAACCCUAUAAAGUCUACCUUAUUCAGCACAGCUACGUGCCAGCAAGGCCAGCAGAGUCUCCCCAGAUAAAGGAUCAAGGGAUCAUCCAGGCUAAGAACUCUCCAAGGAACCCUGGAUUUCUGGACAAACAGCUUCAUUGUCAAAAGGAAUCAUUUUAUGGAACUAAAGAAGCAGUAACACCAUUGAUGGAUGACCUGAUGAGAGAGCAUAUGUAUUGUGAGCUUACUGGAAAAAAACCUUUAAAUCAGAGCCCUGCUCCUUUAACCUUCAUCAGCCCUACACUUGCUAUAACAGACCUUCGUAUGCAGGUGAUGUUGUUGUACCAUGGCCAGAGGGUGUUGAAAGAGACCACCAGGAGCCCAGAUGGGUGCUUCAUCCUGCAAGGCCGCGUCCCCGUUGGGAAUGAAAAGAUCUACGGGCCCUGCACUGCCCAGCAAAUCUCCUUCCCUUCCCCAGGCUCCGUAUGUCUGUCGACAUGCAUGGUUGAUGCUAUGAAUCGCCUCCUUUGUCAUCUGGAGAAAGGUGUGCUAUUAUGGGUUGCCCCAGAUGGGGUGUUCAUCAAGCGGUUCUGCCAGGGCAGGGUGUACUGGAGCGGUCCCAUGGCCCAACACAGUGACCGGCCCAACAAACUUGAGCGAGAAAAGACCUUCAAACUGCUUGAUAUACCCACAUUUCUCAAUGAGCUGCAGAGCUGUUUACAGGGGAAGGGACCUACACCUUCUUAUGAGAUCGAGCUCUGCUUUGGAGAGGAGUAUCCAGACCCCAACGUGCCUAAAACAAAGAAGCUGAUCAUGGUGCAGGUGGUGCCCUUGUUUGCGGUGGAGCUGCUGCAGAGGUUCAACUCGGGAGAGAUUGAGGAGAAGCGGCCGAUUCUCAUCUCCGACACAGAGGGAGAGAAGAUGUAGGAGGACAGGGAGAGCUAACCAUGAACAAUAUACAAGUGGAAGCUUCACUCCUACCCUGUCAUCGUCGUGAAAGAGAAGAUCGAACAAUAGAGUAUCGUCGGCGAAGAAACAAUUGCAUUGUAAACCUUUUUUGACCUCAUAUUGAUUUCUUUUUCUGUCCACCACACAGCGAGACUGGCAAGAGUAAUCAGCUGAUUAGAGCAAGCAUUGUUUAUUUAACCCUCUGGAGUCCAUGAAAACACCUGCACAUUACUUCUUCAUGACGUGAAGACAUAAAAAAUUAAGCAACAUUGACUCUUGUCAUCAGCUUCCCGUUGAAGUUCUGGCUUGAAACUCCAUGCCAGAUUUUUUUUGAUGAUAUUCAGCCAAGUAAAACUGGAGAUAAUGUGAAAUAUAUUUAGUAUAAAAUAUUGAACUUGAUAUUAUCCUCAUUUUACCUGUUAUAUGUUAUAUAUGCAACCUGUAUUCAUAUUUGCAAUAUUUAAAAUUAUGUGUUUUGAAACAUAAUUUUCAAGAUCACAUUUUAUGUUUCCUUAGUUUCUUUUGGGUUAAAAAUUUUGUUCAAGUAAGUCAAAGCUAAAAAUUAAUUAUCUGGACAUAUAGUCGAGGCUGCGCUGAAAAAACUG